CCUUCCCCCGGCGUGGGCGGGGCUGCUGCGGGAGGGCCGGGUCGGGAGCGCCGCCGCCGCCGCAGCAUGAGCGGAGCGGGGCCGCCGGGCCCCGGUGUGGGCGCGGGGCUGCCGCCGCUGCCCAAGAGCCUGAGCGGGCUGCUCAACUCCUCCUCGUCUGGCGGCGGCGGCGGCGGCCCCGGCGGGCGCUGGCGGGACCUGGAGCGCCUCUACGCGCAGAAAUCCCGCAUCCAGGACGAGCUCAGCGGUGGCGGCCGGGGCUCCCCGCGACCGCCCAAGCCUCCCAACCUGGACGCGGCGCUGGCGCUGCUCCGCAAGGAGAUGGUAGGCCUUCGGCAGCUAGAUAUGUCAUUGCUGUGUCAGCUGUACUCCCUGUAUGAAUCGAUUCAAGAAUAUAAAGGUGCCUGCCAAGCUGACUCUAAUGCAGACUGCACGUAUGCUCUGGAAAAUGGUUUUUUUGAUGAAGAGGAGGAAUACUUCUAAAAUCGGGAAGAUUCGUCUCCAGACUGACCGAGGUUCCUUUGUCUUUCUCUUCCUGCAACACACCUCAGCAAGAACGACUGGAGUCUGCUUGGAUACCUCUUCCUGAAGAGGAACACCCAGCUACCCCGAGUUGUGUUAAAUUCACUUAUUUUAACAGGCUGUCAGUACAAGUUACUUGUGCAAAUACCACUUGAGGAAAGUGCUGUACUCUAACUUUUUGAAGAGUCCUCAGACAUGCUUGACAAGAGUUUUCAAUUUAAUUUGGAAGGUGGGUGUUUUCAACUUACAAGCAUUGCUAGCUUAUAACUGGAAUUUUAAUUGUAGAAGACAGCAGCGACUUCCUGAGUUGUAAUAACUUUGUAAGGGGAGGGGAAGGGAAGCCUCUGCUAUAGGUGAUUUUUGUUUGUUUGUUUAUUUUGGUCAGUAGUACCGAUAAAUGCAUUUUGAACAGGCAUAUGGAUGCACGCACAUCCUCAUCUCUACUAAGCUAGUUCUGCUCUUAUCAGCUUCACCCAGUUUUGUACUGGGUGGAUUGUUUACACUGUUUAAAUUUUUGUUCUUCUUGAGCUAAUUUUGACUUUUCCUUAUUGCUAGCUUACAAGCUGUACAUGUGAAUGUUAUCAGCAGGUUUUUUUCUGUUGAUCUAAUUCACUUCUUGGUACUGCCACUUGGCAUUAACUUUUAUACUAUUGUCUGGAUUUCUCACAUCAACAUAGCUCUUUGACCUGCUAAACUCUGUUCUGAAGUGAUUUGCUUGGCUUUUACUAUACUACAUAGUAAAAGCACAGAUUCAAACACAGGCUGUCUGCCACUGUGUGGCUUGGAAUACCAUGAACUCUUGUGCAAGUGUUCUCGAUCAUAUGAAGAAUAAGGAAACCUCUCAUAUGACAAAAUGGGACAAACUGCAAUAUUUUAUACUGGGUGAACUUUGUUUCUGUAAGGUAGACUACAGCUCUUUUUAAAAAUGCAAAAUAAGUAUUUUGAGCACAUACUUUGCAUAUGUUAAAACUUUUUAUACUAACUUGUUCUUUGAAGUAUAACUUAUUUUUGUUUUCAGAACUUACUAAAGCACUCAGUUAAGUUUUUAUUAUUUCAUGGUGUGUACAUGUAAUGCUUAAUCAGCUUGGAAAAUGAGUUGCCAACUAUCUCAGACUUCACCCUUCUCAAUUUUAAGUAAGCUCAGCUUCCAAAAUAAUUUUCAUUUCUCGACUUUAAUUCUAAAGAUUGUUGUAAAGCACAGUGCCUGAAUCUUGACACAAGCUAAUAACUAAGGGCUUAAAUCUCAAAGGGUUUUUGCAUGGUUCAUGUCUGGUGUGCGUAGAGUUUACAGACAAAAUUGGAAAUCACAUUCUGGGGUAGCUCCUCUCUUGGUUUUUAGCAAAGGCUGGGAUGGUGCAGUGAUAAAAGCCAAGAGACGUCCAGGGUGGACUUUUUGUGCAUUCCCUCUAAAACUGGCUUAUCUUGGUGGAGUGUAAAGGCCACAGGAAUGAAGACUGUGCUGUAAUUAUGUAUGUGCAUAAGUUCUUAAUCUAGUCUGUGGCAAUGGUUGGAUUUCCUUUAGUGUUAAUUCUAGUCUAAUUACUUCAUUCACCCAAAACUAAAAUGAAUGAUAAGGCAAACACAGAUAACCCAAAUGGCUACAUUUAUAUUUUAAGUUGUGUGCGUAUGUUUGUAUAUGUGUAUGAGUAUAUAUACAUGCAUAUGUACAUACAACUCUGUGCUUUGACUUAAGAAUGUAUCAACUUUGAAUAUGAUUUGCUGUGCUUUUAGUUUUAGAUGAGGCUUUUUCUAGUCUGUUGAAAUACUGCUCUUUUCUUGCUCUUCCCCAGAAAAUAAAAAGCAUGUUUAGCAAAACUUUUUGAUAUCAUGUGUGUUUUCAUUUACCGUU